AUGGCGGACAGCGUGCAACCUCAUGGGCAAACGAAGAAUGUCCCACCGAGUCCUGCAGGGACCAUGAAGUGGAAGUACUGGCUGGCAGCCCGCAAACCAACAACCUACCCUAAGCUACGAGAAACACCGACAAGCAGCUGUAUGUCGGUAGACAAAGAGCGGGAAUCGAGGAAAUUCUCCCCGGAAGCCAGUGGCACACCAUGCAACCUUAUCGCACAAGCACUCACAGACUGCGGCCGCCCAGAAGCUUCAACCUCGACCGUCUCCUCCAGUCGCGGCGGACCCGAAAGCACAGGAGGAAGCGCCAUACUGGGUUCCAUGCCAGCCCCUAUGCGGCCUUCAAAGAAAGCACUCAACCCACGAGCCGCAGAAGCAGACCCCCAGGAGUGUCCACGGCUACGAGAGAAACCUGCCGGGUCUUUUCUACCGGGUCCCCAGAGACACUAUAUGCCCAAUUCAAAGGCUAGAUGCUUUUUCUGGACUCUAUGUUGGACACUUAGACGCUGCUCCAGUGUUACACAUACUUAA